CUGCUCUGAACGACCAUGUCCGACCCCGGUCCUGCUCCAGUACUCGCCCCUCCCCCAGGGCAGCAAGACGAUGUCUACCUCAUCGACCCCGGGUAUGCGAUGAUCUUUACCUACACCUGGGUCUCCGUCGCGGCUGCUGCGAUCCUCUACCGCUUGCCGAAGCUCUAUCGGAGGAUGCGCCAUGCCUGGAGAAGAGACGGGCUGCAGGGUUGGGGGCUGUAUGAAGACCUCUCACCCCUCGCACCGGAGGAGGAGAAGGAAGCCCUCAUCCGGGGAAGUGCUAUAAAACGCACCGAUAGCUUCCGUUGGGUGACAGUGUCUACCCCUGUGCGUUUGGUCCGUGCGGGUGAAGCACUCUUCCGAAAUACCUUUGGCUGGGAAGUCAAGUAUCUCCGCCUGAAUGUCGGACAACUGUUCCUGCUCGUGGGAUUCACAGUCACACUCCUCCUGUGCCUCACGCUCAACUCGGAGCUCGUCCUGAACUCUAACCGGGCAGGAUUCAUGGUCCUCUCGCUCAUCCCCCCCGUCUUCCUCCUCUCGACCAAGAAUUCCCCACUCGCUUUCCUCCUCUCGAUCGGGUACGAGAAGCUCAACUUCCUCCACCGCUGGGGUGGGAGGAUGAUGUUCCUCCUCGCAUGGGUGCAUGGAGCGUUGUGGAUCAACAACCGCCUUGUUAACGGGCAGGCAUACCUCCUCUUGACGGAAGACAAGGAGCGCAGGGGGAUAGCAACCAUCUCCGUGCUAACACUUAUCGUCCUGACCAGUCUUCGCCCAGUCAGGAUAUUCGCCUGGCAGUUCUUCUUCACAUCACACGUGGCGCUAUACGUCGCCUGGUUCGUCUGCCUCAACUACCACACACCCUACGCCAUCCCCUGGAUUUACCCCGCGCUGGCUUUCUACGGAUGGGACAUCUCCGUCCGCCUCCUCCGUUUCCGGGUGAAAGACGCCUCCCUCCUACCAAUCGACGACCAGAUGACGCUCGUGCACAUCCCGGACGCCGUCGGCGGCUGGAGAGGCGGGCAACACGUCCGUCUCCGGAUCUUAGCCGGCGACCUCGCUUUCCAGGCACAUCCGCUUACGAUCCUCAACGCCCCUGCCUCGAGGGCAGACACGACCCGGACGCAGGGGAUGCUGCUCGGUGCUCGUGUGAACGGGGACUGGACGCGUGCUCUGAACAAGCUUGGCAAGACUGGAGCUUGGGUGAUGCUUGACGGCCCCUACGGCGGGGUCUGUAUGAACCCCAAAGAACGCGUGUUGCUCGUUGCUGGGGGGUCUGGGGUCACCUUCACCCUAGGAGUGAUGGACGAGCUGAUCAGCGCUGUCGAAGGCGGUGAUCGCAGGCUACGAGAAAUAGAAUUUGUAUGGUACAUCCGCUCGUACGACUGCGUAAGCUGGUUCGUCUCACACCUCCAAGCACUGGCCCUCCGCGCACAUAGCAUGUCGUUCCUCGACCUCCGUGUGCGCAUAUUCCUUACAUGCCCCUGCGGCGACCCUCCUCUACUCCUCUCCUCCAUCCCGGACUGCGCAGUCAGCACGUCCAAACCGAGCAUGCGGGAGCUUGUCCUCCCCCUACUGGAGUUCGAGCUGGAAGAUGCAGAAGGCGUGAAACCAGCUAUGGGGGGAGGAGUAGGGGUCGUCGUUUGUGGACCGGAAAGGCUGGUGAGACAUGCUCAGAAUGCGGUGGCGAGGAUCAGUCCUGUGGGGGCGGCGAGGGCGGGAGGGGUGGAGAUACAUGCUGAGAGGUUUAGCUUGUAGGCCGUGGGUGGGAGGGGGUGUAUUAACAUGGUGUAAUGAAGAAUAGGAAAAU